UGGGUGUAUUUCAUUCGCUAACAAACUGUUUCCCAGUUUGCCGAAGUUUUGUAAUAGUUGUGAGUGGUUUUAUGUUUAUUAGCAAUAAAAAAAGAAUUAAGUAUUCAUUUAUUAGGUAGGUACCAAAUUUCAAGUCCAUAAGUCCAGUAUUUUUGGAGCAAAUUGGCUGCGAUAGACGAACGGGCAGACAAACACACGUUUGAUCCUAUAAAUAGUCCUCCUAGUUCGGUAGUCAACUAGGAACCCUUGUAGUUUACCUUGUACCUUGUACUUGUAUUAUGAAAAAAACCAUGCAAGUAAAGCUUAGUUAAUACUUUCAAUCAAAACUAUAGGCUGGUUGAGCCGUUUUUGAGUUUUGCAGCCUAUUGUAAUAGGCGGGUAACUACGGAACCCUAACACUGAGCAUGGCCCGACAUGCUUUUGGCUGGUUUUAUAUCCUUUGGAAGUACGAAGCCCUACAAAUUAUCCCCACUUUACGUGUAGGUACACUAUAUCCGUCUAUUAAGGUAAAUGUCUGUGCUAAUAUAUGUGACCUAAACCCGUCACCCCAUUAGACAACACGUAUGCCAACUCAGUAAAAUGACACGCAGCUGUUGUGUACCUGGUCAUAUAUUCUCAUUGCUUACUUGCUCUACAUUCUACAUUGAGCAGCUAUAAGCACUUAAUGAGGCUUUCGUUCACUAGACCUUACGCGGUUAUCAAAUUGUAAUUAAUAUGAUUUUGUAUAUAUGUUUUGACAGGUUUUUUCCAUGCCCUGGCGUUUGGCCUCCGCUGUGAGCCGGACAUGUGUUUGAAAAUAAAUAAUAAAAAAUUGAUGGGGAUCCGCACGCUGCUGCGGUGUGUGAGCGUAUCCAGAUGAAAACCAGAACCACCUUAUUGAUGCACCGUGCGACGCGUAUAUAAAGUAUUUAUGGUAUGAUUGUACGCCGAAUGCGGCGUGUGGAGAACAAAUGGAUGGUUACUAUAGAUGUACCUACUGUUAUCAGAAGAAGUACGAGUAGCUAAGCAGGCGAGCUGUUCAAAAUUACUAACGCACGCUCUUUCGAGACAGUAAUUAAGUUGUGUUCAGUUCAUUUGAACACCUCACCCGCUUAGCAGCUUCAGCAGAAGCUGCAAAGCGGGCAGGAGCCUGUACUGUUUUUCAUCCGUUCUCGACGCGCCGUAUUCGAUGCACUGUGUAGUAGUUAUACAAGUACAUAUCUAAUACUUAUUUCGGGAGCAAUCUUGAGAACGUCACAUUUCACUAAUACCAUGCCCUGCGUGGUUGUCACUUUUGGUUCCACUUUCCCCUCCACAUACCUGUAGUUACCUAAGCGUUAUCCGAUUUCCAAUGAUAUAGGGAUAUCAAGGCCAACUUAUGCUGGUUUUUUCUUAACGAGCUCUCGUUGAGCAAUGGAUAUAACUGCCCUGCAUGCCCGACGGGCACCUACUUCUGUCUUAACGACUGUGUUAACUACUGACCUUUAUUUACCUGUACCUAUCCAACAUCAGUAACCUGGAUUAAUUAAGGACGCCAAGUUAAAUUAAUUAACAAGUGCCCAUGUAAUUUUAUAGCUACUGUACCUACGUGCAUGUGUGACGCGUCUUCUGUCCAAAGCCUUAGAUCAAAUGACUGGUAUGACAAUAUACUAUUUGCGGUCAACGGACAUGUGGAACGAAUUAACGAACCAAAGCGUUUUCUAACCAUUUAAUUACGCACAUUACAUCCGCCAUGGCUUCCCCGCGGAAUCCGUCAAGUGCAUCGCAAAGUGCAGUUGGCCUUGCACUCAUCCAUACGCGUACCUUCUUUCAUAAAUAGGAAGUGGUAUUUCUGACAAGGUUUACCUAUGAUAAGGAUUAGUAGAAAUGAGUCAACAAAUCAAUCGACUAAUUAUUAUUUUCAUAAUUACAACGAUAAAUGGAGAAAGAUGGUAUUCAGCGACGGUAUCCGAAAACCGCUCAAACCCAGUCCCAGAAACAGGAAACACAUUUAGAAGUAACUACAUCCAAGAUGCUGAACACCGAUAUAUCCCGUUAUCGGUUUAUAACAGGACGAUAAAUGAAUGGAAAGGUAUUACGAAAAUCGGAAACGCUACUGAUGGAACUUCGCCUGACUAUGCCUAUAGAGAAGGCGAAGUUUUGCCCCAAAAUUACCAAGAUCUGACGAUUGACGAACCAAAAAAUAAACUGUUACAAACCUACCAAUACAACAACACUAUACAAAACAUAAACUUGUUUAGACUUGCUCAACAAAAGAGAAAAGUGAUAAGGAAAAGAUGUCCAGCAUUGCGGCCAAGACAGAAAAAACAAUUGAACAAUGAGAAGACGAAGAAGUUUCUAGAAGUGUUUGAAGUGGUGGAGUUCGAUCACGUCGCUUGUACGUCGAGCAGUGGGUUGGAGGGAACGUGCCUACAUGAGUAUGAUUGUUUUAACGCUGGAGGAUCGGCGAUGGGCAGUUGUGCUGAUGGCUAUGGGUUAUGUUGCGUGAUUCAGUUCUCUUGCGACGAUGCUACCGCCGCGCCUACGGGGUGGUUUGUAAACCCAGGGUUUCCCGAUCCAAGUUCUGAGAGAUUAUCGUGUGCUGGAACAGUCAAUAAAACAUCAGAAGACAUUAAACAGAUUCGGUUGGAUUUCUUGAAUUUUGAGCUGUUACCGCCAACAGCGGGAUCAUGUGAGCAGGACCAGUUCGUAGUAUCCGGACAGAAUCUGAACAGCGUGAUGCCAAUACUGUGCGGCGUUAACACUGGCCUUCACGUUUACGUCGAGGUUGGAGACGUGAGUGGGCCAAUCACUUUGUCCAUUCAAACGGCGUCAGCGGAAAGCCGAUUGUUUGCCAUUAAGGUUUCGCAGCUAUCCGCUAGCGAGGACUUGGCGGCACCUGCUGGAUGUCUUCAGUACUUCAAAGGACCGAUCGGAUACUUGGAAUCAUUUAACUACCGUGACACAUCUGACACAUCAAUAGCUAAAGUUCCAUCUUAUUUGAACAAUCUUAAUUAUGCAAUGUGCAUAGAACGGGAGCCUGGGUCUUGCAGCAUCACGUACACAAAUGCGGGAAUUAUGCGGAUCACCAAUUACGAUUCAGACGGCUUACCAGUUAUCCCUCCGGGUCAAGCUGGGGUGGAGAUAUUCAACUGCCCGAGCGACUGGUUGCUAAUGUCAGCGGCGAGGCUCUGCGGGGACCGACUGAACGACGGUUCAGUUCUACAGGACUUUGCUGUCGAUGCGCCUAUUACGGAUAAUGGUGCUGGCCCCAUCGUUGUGUGGUUCAGGUCAGAUGAAGGAUAUGUGGCUCGCGGUUUUAAAUUGCAAUAUCAACAGAAUUCAUGUAGCUCUUAGAACACUUUCAUAAUUAAUAUGGUGUUGUGUAAAGCACCCAUCACCAAGAAUCCAAAUUAGCAAUAAAUUUUUGCUUGUGUUCACUGUUGUUGCCUUCGUCCGAAUCAAGUUGAAUUUAUUUAUAGGUAAUUGAAGGGUUGGUAAAGCUGGUAUCCACACAAAUGCCACAGGGCCGCUAUUGGCUUAACACUCAAAUAGCAAGCAUGGGCGAUCACUUUGAUGUUCUAGACUAGAUUAUAGAUUGACCUUUCGGCAGCAGGAUCACAAGAUCGCAAUUGUCGUUCUGUUAUAAGUAGAUUAACAUUACUAAAUGUGCAUUUGAGGUGAUUUCUCAAUCAGGUUGUAGCCACUGACUUCAUAGCUGUAUCUUGUGCAACUGUAGCAGAAUGUCGGCCUUUACUGAGGUGAAAUGGCGAAUAUAUUCAUCUUUUCGCACUGAACCGCACUAGCGAGAUCCCGGAAUUGCUCCGACUCUUGCUCGCCCGAUAACGGCCCUGCGGUAGACGUGCCAGUAGCCGUAUUAAGUAAACUCAAUAUUAAAAAAUGCUUAUGAAAGUGAAAAUUGUUUUAUUAAGUAUCUCUUCUUAAAAAUAUUCAAUAAAAUGUGUACUUAAAAGUUUA